AUGGAUUGUAUACACCUGUGUCCAUGGAGGGGAUUGGAACACCUGAAUCACAUGAUAUGGAGGGGAUUGGAACACCUGAAUCACAUGAUUGGGGGGAUUGGAACACCUGAAUCACAUGAUAUGGAGGGGAUUGGAACACCUGAAUCACAUGAUUGGGAGGGGAUUGGAACACCUGAAUCACAUGAUAUAGGGAGGGGAUUGGAACACCUGAAUCACAUGAUUGGGAGGGGAUUGGAACACCUGAAUCACAUGAUUGGGAGGGGAUUGGAGCACCUGAAUCACAUGAUUUGGAGGGGAUUGGAACACCUGAAUCACAUGAUAUGGAGGGGAUUGGAACACCUGAAUCACAUGAUAUGGAGGGCGGGGACAAUAAUUUUGGCAUUAUAGAGAACAUCCA